CUGAUGAAUACAAAUAAGUUAAAAAUAAGUACCAAUAAUGAUGAUUUAUUUCAACAGUGGAUAAGGCAGAGUUAAGUCUAGUGAAGCAGAUUUUGGAUAAAGGAAUCACGGUGCAUCACUGACCUCGAAAUAGUAUGUUUAAUUGACAGUUUGAAGUACAUAAACAAUGUUUGAUAACGUAGUUUCAAUCAAAGUUAUCAAAUUUAUCAUUGCGUGAUAUAGACAAAGCGAUAAAAAGUCUGUAACAUUACUAGUCAUCGCGAAUCGCAUUUUAAUCAUCUAGUCACUAGUGGAUACGAAAUAGUAAAGAUUACUGCCUAUCAUUUAUUUUUGUAACUCUACCUUAGUCUGUUUUUCAGCAACGUCAUUCGUUCGUUUUAACUAACUCUAGAUAGUCGUAUCAAGGAUAAUCAAUAUAUAAAAGCCUUUUAACUAAACGACACGCAUAACAUACUAACCAUUAUCCAGUUGUGAAUGUUUAAUCAUGAGCGUUUCUGCGUAUAUUUUGCUAUUCAGUUUUAUUUUUAUCGUGAAUAUAAAUGAAGCAGCAAGGAUAUUGGUCGUGGUGCCAAUGCCUUCCAUCAGCCAUCAGGUAGUUUUCCGACCUCUGACUCAAGAACUAGCUAAGAGAGGGCACGAUGUCACCGUCAUCACAGCUGAUCCCGCCUUCCCAAAAGGAGGUGCUCCUGCUAACCUGACAGAAAUAGAUCUUCACGAUUUGUCGUAUACACUUUUCAAACAAGAAAUGAAAAAAUUACCGAAAGGUAAUAAGGAGGACAUGUUGCAAACUUUUAUAUUAUUUAUGCAAUUUUGGCCUAAGAUUUUUGGCGAGCAAUUAAAAGAUGCAGGCGUGCAACGUUUGAUUAAAGAUAAAAAUCAGAAGUUUGAUCUACUGAUCUUAGAAGCAGGUGUCAGGCAAGCGCUGGUAUUUUCUCACAUUUUUAAAGCACCAGUUAUUCAAAUGAGUUCUUUUGGGGUUGUCUAUGACAAUUUCGAAAUUAUAGGAGCUCCAACACAUCCUCUUAUUUAUCCAACAGUGAUACGAGAAAAGUUAAACAAUCUCACAAUGUUUGAAAAAUUAAGGGAAGUAUAUAAAUAUUAUACGAUGGAAAGUUUAUAUUACGCUAAUAGGCACCAAGAGGAUAAACUCAUACAAGAUGUUCUUGGACCAGAUGUACCGUCUGUGGUGGAUCUAUAUGACAAUGUGGACAUGCUAUUUUUGAAUGUGCAUCCAGUGUUUGAAGGUAUACGACCCGUUCCUCCUACUGUUGUGUUCACGGGUGGUUUGCACCAAAUCCCACCGAAAGAACUGCCUAAGGACCUAAAAACAUACUUAGACUCUUCGAAAAAUGGUGUGAUAUACAUCAGUUUUGGUACAAACGUAGAUCCUACUCUACUGCCAGCCGACAGAAUCCAAGUCCUAGUGAAAGCAUUCUCUCAGUUGCCUUACGAUGUUUUAUGGAAAUGGAAUGGAGAUGAGCUGCCUGGACGUACUAAGAAUAUCAAGAUAUCAAAAUGGUUGCCGCAGUCUGAUCUACUCAAACAUCCCAACGUGAAAGUUUUCGUGACCCAAGGCGGACUACAAUCAACAGAUGAAGCAAUCACUGCUGGCGUUCCACUGAUUGGAGUCCCAAUGAUAGGCGAUCAAUGGUUUAACGUUGAAAAAUAUGUUAGUCAUAAAAUCGGAGUCCGAAUAGACCUAGAGGAUAUAACAGUCGAAUCCUUCAAAACUAAUCUGCUCAAAGUUAUUGAAGAUGACAGCUAUAGACAGAACAUAGUGAGACUUCGCAGUCUGAUUCAUGACGAGGUGCAGACUCCGCUGGAGCGCGCCGUGUGGUGGACGGAGUACGUGCUGCGACACGGCGGCGCAAAGCACCUACGCUCGCCCGCCGCCAACAUCUCGUGGGCGGAGUAUCUAGAACUGGAACUGGUGCUCACAUUACUGGCAGGACUAUUAGUCGGUUUAAUUACUUUUAGUUUAAUAGUGUAUAAAUUGUACAAGUAUUUCAUUACAAACCUUUGGAGUCCUGUUAAAGUAAAGAGUACGUAAAAUUAUUGUUUCGUUGAAUUUUAAUGUUGUUUUUACUUACAAAAUGUUCACUAAAUUAAGGCAAAAUGUUCAUCAUCAGAUCAUAGUUAUGUUCUCAUGGGUUAAUUUCCUUUUUUUAUAAAUCAAAGGCAUCGUAAUAUUAAAAUUUACGCGCAAAAAUGUUACUGAACUUUACUUGUACUGUAAAUGUUACUUUACUGUACUGUACUUUAUUGGCUGAUUUAAAAUUUUCAACCUCUGACCGCGCUUAAUUCCAUUUUAAAAUUACUGUACUUUUACUCAUAGUGAAUAGUAUCGUUGUUUUUUUUUUUUGCUAUGAAACAUCAAGAAACAUUAUUUUAAGGGUUUAGAAUCAUAUCUUGAAUACUCGAGACAAGGGAUUGAAUCAAUAUCCUUUCCACUAGGAAUAUGUUUUAGUUUGUAAUUCCAAGUUUUUGUCUCAUUAAUAAAAUAUAUUUGUUAACUGUCGCUAAA